AUGAGCUGCGCCGCCCCAAAAGCCCCCGCCGGAGAGGAGAAGAAGACGUCAUGGCCAGAGGUAGUGGGAAAGUCCAUCGAGGAGGCCAAGGAGAUCAUCCUUAAGGACAUGCCUGAUGCCAAUAUCGAUGUCCUUCCUGCUGGCUCGGCGAUGACCCUCGACUUCAGGACCAACCGUGUCCGCAUCAUCAUCGACACUGUCGUGACCACCCCUUCCAUUGGUUAG